AUGCUAGGCAACACCCACGGCGACGCCAGCGAUGGCGGGCGCGCGCGGCAGGGCAGCUCCGGCGCCGUCCUGGCGACGCCGCCGGUCGGACGCGUCCUCACCUCCCUGCAGCACCUCGCGGGCCAGGGACCCACGCCCAUCUUGACACGUGUGCACGCGCCCACCUCUGAUGUGGAGAUGAAGGACUCCGGCGUGGUCGGCGCGACGCCGCCGACGAUCACCGCGCACCGCCAGGCCUCCAUCUCGAACGACUCUAUCCCCACGGACCCGCGCAACGCCCGGCGCGCGGCGGGGAACGCCGCGCUGGGACCGCACCUGGCUCGCGACCUCUCGCGGACCCUCACGCUGCAAGGCUGGGACGGCCCCCUCGCCGGCGCUGCGCCCCAGGACCCCCGGGCUACCAAGCAGGACCCCCACGAGGCGCCCGCCGGCCAGGAGCGGCCGUCCCGCGGCAUUGUGCGGCGUAUGGACCUCACCGUUGACGUCGGGUCGCCCGCCGCGGCCCCGCCGCGGGCCUCCUGGGACGACGGCCCCGUCCCGCCGCACCGCGCGGGCACGCCGACGGUCGAGGACGCCGACAUGCAGACGCCCGCGGGCCAGGCCACCCCGAGUGCCACCGCCGCGCAUGGCCCGCCGUCGUGCCCGCCGUCGCCGCCGGGCCGCCGCGCCCUCGACAGCCGCGCCGUCCUGCGGCAGUCCUCCCUGAACGAGUCCCGGCUCCUGCUCAAGACCAAGCAGUACCGCAGCUUCCGGCGGCGCGCCGCGGGCGCCAACAACGCCCCCGGGGGCGCAACCACGCCCGCGGGGAUGCCGCCGACGCCGAAGACGUUCCGGUUCGCCGACUACUUCGAGCACCUCUCCGUGAUCGCGCGCUCGCACUUCUCCGAGGUGUUCAAGGUCCGCUGCAAGGCCUCGGGCGCGCUCUACGCCGUCAAGGUUCUGACGCGCCGCAUCACGUCGCGCGCGCACCGCGAGUCGUGCAUCCGCGAGGUCAAGGUCGUCCAGGACCUCCCGCCGCACCCGAACGUCGUGGCGUACCUCAAGUGCUGGCAGGAGUCGCGCAGGGUGCACCUCCAGAUGGAGCUGUGCCGCCAGGGCAGCCUCGCGGGCCUCCUGCGGCGCGCGGCGGGCAUGGGGCUGCAGGGGCUCCCGGAGCCGCGCGUGUGGCAGGUCGCGCGCGACAUGGCGUCCGCGCUCGAACUCAUCCACUCGCGCAACAUCCUGCAUCUGGACCUGAAGCCUGACAACAUCCUGAUCUCAGACGGCGUGUUCAAGCUCGGCGACUUUGGGCUGGCGGUGAGUCGCGACGCGGCCAACUGGGAGGAGGGCGACGGAGACUACGUGGCGCCGGAGCUGCUCUCCACGGCCACCGUCCCGGCGCCCGCCGCGGACAUGUACUCCCUCGGCUGCUCGCUCUACGAGUGCGCGACGGGCACGCGCCUGCCGCGCUCGGGGCCCCUGCGGACCGGCGAGGGCAUCGCGCUCCCGGGCUGCUCCCCCGCGCUCCACGUCCUCGUCUCCAAGCUCCUCCGCGCGGACCCCGAGGCGCGCCCGACGGCGCGCGACGUCCUCCACGGCCUCGCGCAGCUCCACGUGGAGGACCAGCUGCCGCGCACCUCGGGCCUCGCGCAGGCGCAGGGGGCGUCCCCGGACGGCUCGCGGCGGGUGAGCCAGGGCGGCUCCGUGGACGGCAGCGAGGACUGCAUGUCGCUCGCGUCCGAGGGCGGCUCGCAGAACAACGCGGAGCGGCGCAUGCACCUGGGGGCGUUCUUCAACGGGCGCGGCCGGCGCACGGCGUUCCACACCGUCGGGAGCGGCGGGCGGGGCGCCGGCGGCGCGAGCAACGCCGUGCACCCCGCGCCGCCCCCCGGCGCCGGCCACAGCACCUACGCCCGCAAGUCCCUGGAGCACCACGACCGCGGUUGGGCGGCGUCGCGGCCCGCGCGGAACCGCCUGCACAGCCCCGCGACGCCCGCGUCGCCCGUGGGGUCCUUCGUGGGCUUCGGCGGCGUCCACCGCUCCCGGCAGCGGUCCUUCCGGACCGAGACUCCCCCCCCCGUGGACGCGCUGAUGGCCGCCGACCCGUUCGAGGGCGCGCCGCAGCCGCCGCCGCAGCAGCGCACGUCGAAGCUGCGGAAGAUCGUGCGGUUCGGGCGGUCGUCGGCCUCGGGCGUGCGCGAGGACGGGCCCACGGGCCGCGCGAGCCCCACGGACGCCCUGCCGUGGCUGCGGGGGCCUGCCACGGCGCGCGGACCGUCGCAGCGCGCGAGCAUGCAGGAGAGCAUGCCCGUGCAGGAGCCCGCGGCCGUCCUCCGCCUGCUCCCGCAGCGGCCGCGCCACCUCUACGCCGCAGGCCUGGGCCACGGGUCGAUGACCAACCUGGGCGACAGCUCCGUUCUGGAGUCGUCCCUGCACGGGGGGGUGUCGCGGAACGGCAGCGUCGCGGCGCUCUCGGGGCACGCGAUGUCGCGCGCGCGCACGCCCAGCGCGCUGUCCCUGCACAGCCAGGGGGAGUCGGCGUUGUGUAUGUCGGUGCUGGAGCCCGGGUUCUCUCUCGAGGUGCUGGGGGACCACGAGAUCCCGGGAGGGUUCGAGGGGCUGUUCGAGCGCGGCAGCAGCGUGCCGGAGGACGCGGCGGCGCACGCGGCGGGCGUUGCGGCGGCCGAGGCGGCGCUGCCGACGGUGCACGAGGACGACGGCGACGAGCCUCGGCAGGGGUCGCCGCACGAGUGCGUGCGGCCGUCGUUCCAGUCGACGCACGUCACGAGCGCGACGGCGGUGUCGAUCGGGACGCGCAUCUGCGGCGGGAGCGCGUCGGGGGGGAUGAAGACGUCACUGAGUGAGUCAUUAGGGGGGGGUAAUGUGGUGGGGCGGCCGACGAUGAGCCUGAACCUCGACGCCGGGCCGCCGACCGCGCCCACGGCCGACCAGCACAGCGGCGACGGGCCGUCGCCCAACCUGGCGCGGCGGCGCGCGGUGGCACGCGUCGACGACGACGUCGGGCCCUCGGCGCCGGCCGCGCCCGCACGCGUGGUGCCGCGGCGGCCCGUCGCGCCGCCGCUGACGCCCAUGAAGACGCCGCGCGCGCGCUGGGCGACCGGGCAGGGCGACGGCAGCCGCGGGGAGGGCGAGGAGUGCGACGUCGCGCCAACCGCGCCCAACGGGCCGCUGAAGCGGCAACACUCGCUGCGGCCGUCGCGGCUGCUCUUCGGGGGCGACGACGACGUCGGCGAGGACGAGCUCCUCAAGAGCGCGCCCCCGGCGCGCGGGUGGGACGAUGUCGGGUCCCCCACGGACGCGCACCCGCCGCGGCGGCGCAGCGGCGGCGCGCGGCCCGUCGCGCUGUGCUUCGACGACGUCGAGGGCGGCAGCCAGUCGCCCGUCGCGAACCGUGCGACGAUCGCGCAGCCGCACGGCAUCAGCGACACCCCGCGCUCGUGCACGCUGCAGGCCCUCGGACCCGCCGUGGUGCAGACGCCCACGCUCGGCUGGCCGAGCGUGCGGCGCUGCGAGUCCCCGCGCAUGAGCGGCUCGCCCGGCGACGCGCAGCGGCGCGCCACGCGGCAGGACGACUUCCGCUGCAGCGAGGAGGGAGUGCUUGGGGGGGGGGUCUCCAACGUCGCGGCGGGGCUGGUCAACGCGUCCCCGCGGCUGCUGCCGAGCCAGCGCCGCCGCAACGGCACUGGCCGCGCGGUGCCGACGGCCCUGUUCGCGCAGGCGGCGGCCGGCAACCUCGGUCACAGCGCGCACGGCGUCGACCCUGCGUCGCGCGCCGCGUCGCCGAUCACGUCGCUCGCCGGGACGGGCCGCAGCUCGCCCGCGUGCCAGCUCCUCCCGCGCGUGCGGUCCGACCGGUCCGUGUACCCGUGGGGGCCGCGCAACUCCCUCGGACGCGCCAGCGGCGGCGGCGCGGGGCUGGCGUGCAACGAGACGCUCCUCGCGACGGGCUCGACCGCGGCGCUCGACGUGCUCGGCGCCACGCACGCCGCGGAGCGCGGGCGGGCUUGGCCGAGCGAAUCCGAGGACUUUGCGGCCACGCCCAACAGCAGGUUCAGCAUGGAGGUGCCACACGACGUGCACGCGUGCGAGGACGCCGAGGGCGGGCGGCUGGGCGCGUUCGACCCGCGCGGCAUCAGUGGGCCCGCGCGGAAGGGCCCGCGGCAGUACAUGCGGCGUAGCGCGUCCGUGAACAACAACCUCUACAUGGAGAUGCUGUGCGCGGGCGCCGAGGGCAAAGGGAACGACCCCGUCGUGGGGUCCUCGGGCGGCGACGACAUGUCGCUCUGA